AUGAUGAUGCAAGCCCAACUGCACUGCUUGUGUCUCUUUACACUUUACUUGACAACUGGAUAUGGCCAAGAGGGAAAGUUUAGUGGACCCCUGAAGCCCAUGACCUUUUCUAUUUUUGAAGGCCAAGGACCGAGUCAAAUCAUAUUCCAGUUUAAGGCCAGUCCUCUUGCUGUGACUUUCAAACUAACUGGGGAGACAGAUGACAUAUUUCAGAUACAACCAGAUGGACUUCUGUAUCACAACAAAGCCCUGGACAGGGAAACAAGAGCUGUUCACAAACUCCAGGUCUCAGCCCUGGAUGCUCAUGGCAAUACAGUGGAGGGCCCAGUCCCCAUCACCAUAGAAGUGAAGGACAUCAACGACAAUCGACCUGUGUUUCUCCAGCCAAAGUAUGAAGGCUCAGUAAGGCAGAAUUCUCGCCCAGGAAAGCCCUUUAUGUAUGUCAACGCUACAGACUUGGAUGAUCCAGCCACACCCAAUGGCCAGCUUAUUUAUCAAAUUAUCAUGCAGCUUCCCAAGGUCAACAAUGUCAUGUACUUUCAGAUCAACAACAAAACGGGGGCAAUUUCACUUACUCGAGAAGGAUCCCAGGAACUGGAUCCUUUGAAGAAUCCUUUCUACAAUCUGGUGGUCUCAGUGGAGGACAUGGGAGGCCAGAAGGAGCAUUCCUUUAGUGACAGCACAUCUGUGGAUAUUACGGUGAAGGAGAAUAUUUGGAAAGCACCAGAACCAGUGGAGAUUGAAGAAAACUCAACUAAUCCUUACCCCAUUAAAAUCACUCAGGUGCAGUGGAACGAUCCAGGGGCACUAUAUUCUUUAGUGGACAAGGAGAAGCCAUCAAAAUUCCCAUUUUUAAUCGACCAGGAAGGAGAUAUCUAUGUGACUCAGCCCUUGGACCGAGAAGAAAAGGACGCAUAUGUUUUUUAUGCGGUUGCAAAGGAUGAGCAUGGAAAACCACUCGCAUUUCCACUGCAAAUUCAAGUGAAAGUUAAAGACAUUAAUGAUAAUCCACCUACAUGUCCAUCUACAGUGACUGUACUUGAGGUCCAGGAGAAUGAACAAAUAGGGAGCAGUAUUGGAACACUUAUUGCUCAUGACAUGGAUGAAGAAAACACUGUCAACAGUGUUUUAAGAUACAGAAUUGUGGAUCAAACCCCCAAAGUGCCUAGAGAUGGACUCUUCCUGGUCCAAACCUACUUGGGAACGUUCCAGUUAGCUGUGCAGUCUUUGCGGAAGCGAGACACUCCGCAGUACAAUUUGACAGUAGAGGUGUCUGACAAAGAUUUCAAGACCCUCUGCUUUGUGCAGAUCAACAUUAUUGAUAUCAAUGAUCAGAUCCCCAUCUUUGAAAAACCAGAUUAUGGAAACCUAACUCUCCCUGAAGAUACAGCCAUUGGAACUGUCAUCUUAACCAUCCAGGCCACCGAUGCCGAUGAACCACAUACGGGAAGUUCUAAAAUCCUGUACCGAAUUACACAGGGAGACAGUGAGGGACGUUUGGAGAUUGAAACAGAUCCCGAAACCAAUACUGGAUAUGUCAAGGUUAAAAAGCCUCUUGAUUUUGAAGCAGUAGCCGUUCACAAUAUUGUGUUCCAAGCAGAAAAUCCUGAGCCUCUGGUGCUUGGUGUACAGUACAAUGCCAGCUCUUCUGCUACAUUCAGACUUACUGUGACAGAUGUGAAUGAAGCACCACAAUUUUCCCAACAAGUAUACCAAGCAAAAGUCAGUGAGGAUGUGGCUAAAGGCACUAAAGUGGGCAACGUGACUGCCAAGGAUCCGGAAGGUCUGGACAUAAGUUAUUCAUUAAGAGGUGACAAGAGAGGUUGGCUAAAAAUUGACCCCGUCACCGGCGAGAUCUUUAGUGUGGCUCCGCUGGACAGGGAAGCUGAAAGUCUGUAUCGGGUACAAGUGGUGGCAACAGAAGUAGGUGGAGCCUCCUUAAGCUCCACGGCGCAAUUGCACCUGACCCUCAUGGAUGUGAACGACAACCCGCCGCGGCUGGCCAAGGAGUACACAGGCUUGUUCUUCUGCUAUCCCCCUAAAGCACCUGAAAGUCUCAUUUUCGAGGCCACUGAUGAUGAUCAGCAGUCAUUUCGGGGUCGACACUUUACAUUUUCCCUUGGCAGUGAAAGCUUACAAAAAGACUGGGAAGUUUCCAAAAUCAAUGGAACUCAUGCCAGCCUCUCCACCAAGCACACGGACUUUGAGGAGAGAGUUUACCACAUCCCAGUCCGCAUCAAUGAUGGUGGUCGGCCACCCUUGGAAGGGACUGUCUCUUUACCAGUUACUUUCUGCAAGUGUGUGGAAGAUAGUUGUUUCCAACCAGCAGGUCACAUGCCUGGGAUACCCACUGUGGGCGUGACAGUUGGUGUACUCCUUACCACCUUUUUGGUCAUUGGUAUAAUUUUAGCAGUUGUGUUUUUCCAGAUAAAGAAGAAUAAAGGCCAACGUAAUGUUGAAAGUGCUCAGGCAUCUGAAGUCAAGCCUCUGAGAAACUGA